AUGCUUAGAACAACUCUUGUCCGUACUUAUUCUUCACUCAACAGACCAGGACCACUUCCACUUGGAAAUAAAAAGCAGCAAAAAGAAAUGCUGGACCUCAUUCGAAAGAGACAAGAACAAGACGUACAAAGUACAGAAUUACACCAAGACGCAAUAAAAAAACCACAAGCCGAAUUCGAGGGUGAUGUCAACCCAAAGACAGGUGAAGUCAACGGUCCAAAGACUGAACCUGUUAAACACAAUGACUGGAGCUUUGGUGGAAGAGUGACUGAUUUUUAA